AUGCGACCUAACAAUCAAGGUCUUUAUAAUAUUGUCUCGGCCGAUGUGUCAGGAAGUCCGGCUCAAAGUGGUUCACCGCAACUUAUUGGUCAAAAAAGAGGUUUCGUAGGUGAAGAAGAAAAUGAUGAAUAUAAUAAUGUUAAUAAUUCGAAUCAAUCAAGUCCCCCUCUUGCAAUGCAUCCUCCACCUCCAUUAAGCAGUAUUGCUGUUACUGCUGCUGUUAAUGCUGCUACUGCUGGUACUUUUCCAAGUCCAAUGAAUUCAAAUUCUUCUCCUAAUAAUUCUGCCUUUUCUGGUUGGGGUCAUUCUGGUAAACGAGUAAAGUACGAAUUCCCUGAAGCAACGACUCCAUCAUCAUCUACUUCUUCACCAAGAAGUAUUUCCACCGGUUAUCAAUUACCCGGUCUAGGUGCUGGUUCUGCUACUCCAGGUGCUGCUCCAUCUACGCCACAAGGUUACUCUAAUAGUAAUCUUCAAAUGGUGACAAAUGCACAACAGAACACCGUAUUACAUACACCGUCCCCAGAUGGUACACCUGUAGAAGAAUCGAACUCAAUCGGUGGUAGACGUUACGAUCAAUAUCGGCAGCGAGAAGAUCAAGCUUCAACGGAAGAAAUCAGCAAUGGUGGUGGUUGGGAUUAG